AUGUGUGAUGAAAACCCUCUUGAUAAAAAUAGGCCUUUGGGCGAGCCGAUCCACCACAAUGGUGAUGUACCAAUCGGUGCUCGGCUCUAUAAUAUUGCCAAACUCCACCGAGCUAACUUCAAACACACUCAAGAGAUUGAGUGCCUGGACUUCGCUAUCAGCAACUUGCUCAAAGCUACAUCGACAAUAACUGAAGGGGACACGGAUCAUUAUUUGUACCAAAGUGAUCUAGGGAAAUGGUUUCAGAUUCGAUUUGAACAUUUAGGGAAUAUUCUCGAUAGCCAAAGUGCGAUCUAUCACCUGAAUAAGGCUCUAGAUCUAUCUUCUACAACUCCGUUAAACCAUGCCGAUACUCUACAUCAUUUAGGAGUUUCGUACCAAACCCGCUUUGAACGACUGGGUACACUUGAUAAUUCGCUCCAAGCUACCAACUACUUUCUCCAGGCUGUAAAGCUUACCCCGGACAAAGAUGCUGAGAACCCAAGCCGUCUUAGCAGCCUUGGAGUCUCUUACCAGGCUCGGUUUGAACGUCUAGAUGAUCCCGCCGAUCUUGAUCUUUCGAUUAGGAUCCAAUUAGAGGCUGUAGAGAAGACUUCGAACACAAAUCCAGACAAAACCCGGAUGCUAAGUAAUCUCUCCGUAGUCUACAUUAGCCGUUUUCAGCGUCAAGGCCAGAUAAUAGACAUUGAUCAAGGAAUUCAGUCUCUCACACAAGCACUGCAACAAACCUCUCCACACAACGAACAACUACAAGGCUACUUGACUAAUUUGGGACUCUCCCACUUUCUCCGAUUUGACCGACUGGGCGAGAUGGAUGACAUUGAUAAGGCCUUGGAAUAUCAAAAGCGAGCAUUGGAUUUAACCCCCGAGAGUAACCCUGACAAACCAAGUCGGUGGAGCCACUUAGGCGUAUUCUGUCAAUUUCGCUUUGAUCGAUUUGGUCAAAUCGAAGACAUCCACAACGCGAUAGAAUAUCAAACACAUUCCGUAAUGGGUAUUCAAGACAAUCAUAUUCAUAAGCCAAAGGCGUUGAAUAAUCUGGGUAACUCCUAUCAGUGCCGCUUUGAAAGGUUGGGCCAGAUUGGAGAUAUUAACAUGGCUAUCAAAUACUUGCAGCAAGCAAUAUUAUUUUCACCCAAAGAUGAUGUCCUUCGGGCAUGGUGGUUGAAUAACCUCAAUCGGCCGUACUAUUCUCGCUUUACCCAUCUCCAAGACGUCGAUGAUUUGAACCAAGCUAUCGAUCUUCAAAAUGAGGCAUUAUUGUUAACUCCUAUUGGUUACGCCUAUCGGCCAAGGCAAUUAGAGAUGCUCGGAACGCUUUACCAAGAACGAUUCCACUUAUUAGCCCAUCCAAAGGAUCUUGGGGCCGCUGUUGACUCUUUCAAAGCUGCCGCCACAUCGAUCGGCCAUGCCGUAACAAGACUACAGGCUUGCCGCAGCUGGGCAAAACUGUGUAUGCAGCAUGACCUAUCCCCGCUAAAGGCCUAUACUCGGGCGUUGGAAUUGAUACCACAGAUAGUAUGGCUGGGCACUACUGUCAGUAGGCGCUACGAUUCCUUGCUCGCAGAGGUGCAAGAUAUUGCCAUGGAGGCAGCCGCAGCAGCAAUACAACAUCAACAGUACAAUUUAGCGCUAGAGUGGCUUGAGGAGGGGCGGUCCGUUGUCUGGAACCAAAUGUUGCAGUUACGGACGCCUUUUGAUCAUUUAUCACGCCAUGAUCCCAAUUUGGCUAACCAGUUCCAGAAAGUAGCAGAAGGGCUUGAGAAAGCAAGCGGGUUGUCCCAGGACCCGGAGCGCGAACUAAUUGCCGGAGUCUCUAUGGAACAAUCAUCUCAAGAACAUCGAAGGCUGGCAGAAGAAUGGGAUAGGUUACUCAAUGAUAUUCGAUCCAUUCCGUCACUACGUAGUUUCCUCAAACCAAAGAAUUUCGGAGAGCUACUAUCAUCGACUAUGACCGGGGUUGUGGUCGUAAUCAAUGUACAUCGAAAUCACUGCGACGCGUUAGCCUUGCUCCCAGGAAGUAGGGACGUUAUGCAUAUUCCAUUAUCCUCGUUGUCAUACAAUACACUGAUCAACACUCGUGAUCGCCUGGUGCGAAAUACUCGGAUUGGAGGUCGAGGCUCGAGACGCCCUAUCCUCAACGAAGACAGAUCUUCAGAUCCGCUCGAAAGCAUCCUUAACAUGCUCUGGAUUGAUGUAGUACGGCCCGUUCUUGAUUCCCUAGGGUACUUAGUUUCUCGAGGUUCAAUGAUCGCCCUGCCACAUGUUACAUGGUGCCCGACUGGCCCGCUUACAGUGUUACCUCUUCACGCGGCUGGCUAUUAUGAUCGGCCUCUGGCAAGUGCAUGCGACUUCGUGAUUUCGUCGUAUAGCCCGGCUAUAAGCGCCUUGCUUCCUUUGGAUCGCCCCCCAUCAAAAUUUCAGGGCUUAUUGGCUGUAGGCGAAGCGGCCGCAAAGACAAACUCACCAUUACCUGGGACUGUGGCUGAAAUUGAGAAACUCGAACAGCAAGCACAUGAAGUCGCGUUCACUCGGCUUGAUGAGCAACAAGCAACUUGCGCCGCGGUGCUCGAUAGAAUAGAACACUGUAGCUGGAUUCAUCUUGCUUGCCACGCCUCGCAGAACGUUGCUGAUCCAACAGCAAGCGCGCUUCAACUUCACGAUGGACCAUUACGUUUGGCGACUAUUGCUGGCAGGUCACUCAAGCAUGCCGAAUUUGCAUUCUUGUCAGCGUGUGAAACGGCCGCGGGAGUUGAAGCAUUACCGGACGAAGCUGUGCACUUAGCAGCAGGAAUGAUGAUGGCGGGGUACCGGUCUGUAGUUGCGACUAUGUGGUCAAUCAACGAUCAAGACGCUCCUAUUGUGGCAGAAAAACUAUAUGCGCGGCUUCUUGAAGGAGGUAAUCCACAGAGCCACAAAGCGGCUAUGGCAUUGCAUGAAGCAGUAGCAAGUCUCCGCAAUACUGUGGGAGAUGAUGAAUUUGAAAGAUGGGUACCUUACAUCCAUGUGAGAUAUGCUCUGGACUACUCCACUUGGCCUUGA